UUAUUCAGUAGUAUUCUAUCAACAGCACAGCGUAGACUAAGUAUUUGUUGUGUAAUAAAUUCCAUAGUUUGAAUUUUCUGUUAAAAUGAGUUUCGCGAACAAAGUAAUAUUAGUGACCGGAGCCAGCUCCGGAAUAGGAGCUUCUACAGCCAUACUGUUUGCUAAAGAAGGAGCCAACGUCGUCAUGGUUGGAAGAGAUCAAACAAAAUUGAAAACCGUCUCUGAUAAAUGUGCUCAAGUUGGAAAGAAACCUCUAGUUAUCAUCGCUGACAUAUCUAAAGACGACGACGCGAGGAGAAUAGUGAAAGAAACUAUCGAUAAGUUUGGCAAACUCGAUGUGCUGGUCAACAAUGCUGGUUUGAAUAAGCCUGGGUCAAUUCUUGACGGGAAAGUUCUUGAAUCCUACGAUAAAACAUUCAGCGUAAAUGUUCGAGCUGUGAUUCAUCUUACAUCAUUAGCUGCUCCUCAUCUUAUCAAAACUAAAGGAAAUAUUGUCAACGUUUCCGGUGUUAUAUCAGUGACUACCCCACAUUUUCCUGACUGGAUUUCAUAUCACGUUUCCAAGGCAGCUUUAGACCAUUUCACGCGCGGGGCUGCGAAGGAACUGGCGCCUUCAGGAGUGAGAGUGAACGCAGUCAGCCCAGGCCCAGUCAUUACUGAUUUCGCAAAAAACAUUGGACUUGAUAUUAAAUUUGAAAAUUUCACACAUUUGACAGCGUUGAAUAGAAUAUCACAACCUGAAGAAAUAGCAGAUAUGAUUGAAUAUUUAGCUGGAGAGAAAGCUGUGGGCAUUACCGGAUCUAUAUUUGUAGUUGAUUGUGGUGCACUAGUAAAACAAUAAUUGUGUUGUAUUUUAUGUUAAUAUUUAAAUAAAAAAGGCUUUCACAGUUGAGUAUUAUAGGGCCUUUGUUUAUAAAUUAUUUUUAAAUUUGUAAGUGUUUAUUGUUUAACAAUGGAACCUUAAUAUUUUCAGAAAAUGAUGCUUCUGUUUCAUUUCUUAACAGAUUAGUAGGUUAUCUUUAUUGAUAUGUGUUUCGUGUUUACUAAUUUUUAUUAUAUAAUUUGGUAAUUUAUCAAUUUAAAUAAGUGAGUGAAAUAUUUUUUUUUAAAUUAAACGUUUUAUAAUCUGUA